CUCGUGAGCUAUUCAUAUUUGGUUUAAUUUGAAUAUAAAUGUUGUAUCCACCGUUAUUUCUAUAGGUAGUACACCAGUACACAGACCACAUUAAUAUUACUUUGUCAAUGCAAAUAUUAAUCCCAAGUGAUAUUCUUUGAAAUAAAUAUGGAGGAGAUAUUUGUUAUUCUUACGUUACUUUUCGGUUUCGUAUUUGGUGCGGAUGAAGUGUUACAAUUAAAUCAAGGAAAGUUGACUGGUAGCAGUUUGAAAACAAGAAAUGGACGAGAAUUCAAAGCGUUUCAGGGAAUACCCUACGCCAAACCACCAACGGGAGAUCUUAGGUUUAAGGAUCCAGUACCAGCAGAUCCGUGGAUAGGUGUUUUAAAUGCUACUACCGAGCCACAAGUGUGUAUUCAGAGGAACUUGUUUUAUUAUCAACAAGCAGAUAUCCUUGUCGGUGCAGAGGACUGUCUUUAUCUCAAUGUGUACACUCCAAAAAUACCAAAAAAGGGUGAUAGAAAAUUACUUCCAGUCAUGUUUUGGAUUGCCGGUGGAGGUUAUUUUUCUGGUUCGGGAGGUUUAAGUUUAUAUGGUCCUCAAUAUUUGUUAGACAAGGAUAUAGUUCUAGUUACCAUAAAUUAUAGACUUGGAAUUCUAGGUUUUCUAAGUACUGAAAACGAUGACUUGCCGGGUAAUUAUGGUAUGAAAGACCAAGUCUUAGCACUACAGUGGGUAAAAAAAAAUAUUGAUAAAUUUGGUGGAAAUCGAAGAAAAGUUACAUUAUUUGGACAAAGUGCAGGAAGUGCUUCCGUUGGUUUACAUUUGUUAUCAAAAAUGAGCAAAGGGUUGUUUCACAAAGCAAUAAUGGAAAGUGCCACGCCAUUAAACCUUUGGGGCGUAUCCCCACCGGGGUGGGCCGAACGAAGAGCUUCUGCUAUUUCAACUAUUGCUGGAUGCCCCGAAGAACCAAGACAGAUGAUUAAAUGUUUAAAACAAGUUCCUGCCAAAGUUUUAGUGAACUUAUAUAACAAUUUAUUUGAGUGGAGAAAUUAUCCAAUAAUUAAUUUCAUGCCUGUUGCUGAAAAUUGUAAUAGAAAAAAAGAAUCGUUUUUAUGUAAAUAUCCUUUACUGGACUUUAAACAAAUAUCAAAAGUUCCAGUUUUAAUGGGAAUGAACUCUGGAGAGGGGGGUAUUUUUGCCUCUAGAAUGUAUAACGCAACUGAUCUUGUAUAUACUGAAUUGAAAGAUGAUUUUGAUCAUUACGUAUCGUCAUUUUUAGAGUAUAGAUAUACGACAAAGUAUUCAGAUAUUCCAAUAAUUGGCGACAAGAUAUUUCAACGAUAUUUCCCCGACGGUACUUUGAAUGAUCCAUUGAAUGCUGUCAAAAUGAUUUCUGGCGGUUUAUUUUUACAUGGUAUCUUUAAAAUGGCAAUUGAGUUAUCACGACCGGUAUAUUAUUACAUAUACGAUCAUUUGAACUAUGUAUCGUUUAAUUCGGUAUAUGGACCAUAUCCAUUUCCAAAAAAAUUAGGGGUAACGCACGCUGACGAAGUAACCAGUUUGUUUUAUACAACUGAACGUGGUGACCUACAGGGAGAGGACCUCAGUGUAUCAAAUCUUAUGGUGAACAUAUGGACAAAUUUCGCAUCUGCCAACGACAUGACCAUUGACGGUAAAGUAGAUGGAGAAAAAUGGCCUACAUUUGAUACAAAAAAAUAUGAAUUUGUUUUGAUCAAUACAAGUAUUCCUUUGAUUAAGGAGAAACCAUACGUUGACGAGUAUGAGUUUUGGAAUAGUUUGCCACUUUUAUCUGGAUUGAACGAAAACCGAGGAACAGUUAAAAAUUAACUUUGAUUAUGUAUUUAUUCUCAAAUAUAUACUAAACAUAUAAUUAGAUAGUUUGGGUACCUAGGUAUUAAGUUAUUUGUUACUCGGGUAGAAACAAUAUAUUAAUUUAUUAUCAUAUAAACUCAUUGUAAUAGUUUGUAUAGAUUGCCGAAUGCUUAAUAUGUCAAAUAAAAAUAUUUAAAAAAAAUUAUGUAAGGUAACCUAGGUAAUUAAUUUAUUUUUUUAAUAAAUUUUGACUGUGUUGAUAUUUUUGUUGUGUUAAUUAUUUUAAUCUAUUUUUUUUUAAAUUAGUAAUAGUAUGUAAAUCACAUAAAGAGUGAAUGUGUAUUUCUAAUUUUUAAUUUAUUAAUUAUAAAAAACAAUUCUAUUGAA